CGCGCUGCAUAAUUGAUGGCGCGGCGGGAGGGGGGCCGGGUGCAGUUCUGGGUCGGCCUAGGGCGCGUCUCCGGGGAGGAGGGCAAGGCGGCCGGGCCCCUCCCACCCCGUCUUCUCUCGCGUGUGUGCCCUCGGGACUGGCAGCGGGCGCCCGGAGCCGGCGAGAGGGCGCGGGGACCUGGACACCGACGGCGGGGCGCCGUGGGACCCGCCUGGGGAGCAUCGCGGAGGACCGUCCACACCAUGCGCGCCCGCGCCGGCUUGCGGGGUCCGCGGGCGUCUCCACCCCCUCUGCUGCUGCUGCUGCUGUGCCUCGUCGCCUUCGCGGCGCCCCUGAGCUGGGCGGACGACCCUCCCUCAGCUUCACCUUUUACAAGUCUACCUCUCCGAGAAGAAAUGAUGGCAAAAUACACCAACUUUUCCUUGGAGAGUCAUAACAUAUCAUUGACUGAACAGUCCAAUGUGCCAGUAGAAAAAAAUAUCACUUUAGAAAGACCUACUAAUGUAGAACUCACAUGCCAAUUUAAAGCAUCUGGGGAUUUGAAGUCAGUAAAUGUGACUUGGAAAAAAGGUGACAAACCACUGGAGAAUAAUUAUCAAGUCAAUGUAUCAGGAAACAUCCUGUAUACACAAUACAUGUUCACCAUCAUUAGUAGUGAACAAAUGGGAAGUUAUUCCUGUUUCUUUGGAGAAGAAAAGGAACAAAGGGGCACCUUUCAUUUCAAAGUGCCUGAACUUAAUGGAAAAAAUAAACCAUUGAUCACUUAUGUGGGGGAUUCAGCUGUCUUGAAAUGUAAAUGUCAAAAUUGUUUUCCUUUAAACUGGACCUGGUAUAGUAGUAAUGACAGUGUACAGGUUCCCAUUGAUGUUCAAAUGAUUGAUAAGUAUGUAGUCAAUGGAACAAAUGCUAAUGAAACGAGACUCAAGAUAAUGCAGCUUUCAGAGGAAGACCAGGGAACUUACUGGUGCCAUGCGAUAUUCCAAUUAGGUGAAAGUGAAGAACAGAUGGAACUUGUCGUGCUGAGCUAUUUGGUGCCCCUCAAACCGUUUCUUGCCAUAGUUGCUGAGGUGGUUCUUUUAGUGACUAUUAUUCUCCUUUGUGAAGUAUACACCCAAAAGAAAAAGAAGCGUGCAGAUGAUGGGAAAGAAUUUGAACAAAUUGAACAGCUGAAAUCUGAUGACAGCAAUGGCGUAGAAAAUAAUGCUACCAGGCAUAGAAAAACUGAACCUGUGAGCCAGUGAAUGAGAAACAGCAUGUCAAGAAUUAUGGGAAGAUACACAGAGAGUUUGUAUUUCAGUUUUGCUUAUAGUUCCUAUUAAGAACAGCUAUUUUUUUUUUUUAUUUUUACAAGGAUGAAAAGUUUAUCUACAUGCUCAGCAGUAGCUUUGUUAAAUAUAUGCUACUGCAGAUCUAAAGAUAUGUUUUCAGUCAGUAUUUUACAUUAAAGCAAGGUAGAUAUAUUAAAUAUGCUCAGUGAAUUAUAACCCAGGAUAACUAAUUUCUUCCUGGUCCCCAAGGAACACACAGAAUGGACACCAGCAAAACCAGUUAAUAGUUACUAGACCAAAGGGUACUCAGUGCCUGUUUAUAACCAAAGAAUUUAUUAAAGAGAAAGCCUUUACCAUUUGUCUUAAAACAUUUUUGUUCCCAGUCAUCCUUAUCCUAUGUAUAGAAAUAUUUGUAAUGAUUUUUGUGUAUAGUUUAUCCUCCUAUCAUAUUGAAAACAAGAAUCUUCACUAGGAAAUGAAUACUUCCUGCUUUUGUUAAUGAUGGUUACUCUACAAUCUCUAUAAGAAAAACUUAAUUUGUCCUCUAUUAAUAUUGGUUUAAGUCAAGGAAAUAGUCAUACAUUUGCCCAAAGCUGUAUAGCCCAAAAGCUAGUUUCCCAGUCUUUAUUCUACUCGAAUUGCUUUCCCACACCAAAUUAAAUUGCUUCUUGGUCUUUGUGUAGAAUGUUUUGGAAAAGCCAUGGGUUUGGACUUCUUAAGAUACAGCAUGCAGGUCUGUACUGCAGCAUGCAGCAUGCAUACAGCAUGCAGCACUGUAGCACUGCUCCAGGCUAGUGCUCUCCUCCAUGGUUUCCUGAUAUCUUUGAUUUGAUGCUUGAUUUGCUGGUAUCUGGCAAGCUGGAUAUUUAAAACUGCAUUACUAGUGAUUUAUAAUACUGAUUGCUUUGUCUGAAAUCCAGAUAUACUAAAGUAAUUCUAUGUUGCUACAAAUGCCUUAGACUUUUCUUCAAAAAUAGUAUAGUUUUUCUUGCAUAGAUAACUGAAAUACUUGCCGUAGUGAAAUCAGGUGAAGUCUGAGUGAACAUGAAAAGUUGUUGGUGACUUUGAAUGGAAUACUGAAAUGGCGCUGAUACUAUCCCGAUGCUGCAGGAUAGUAGAGCAGGUUGAAGAAAAUGUUGUAAAACCAGCUUUGUGGACUUGUGCUACUAGGUCCAGUGUCCCAUUGUUCACAGUGCCACAGAAGCAAAGAGGGAAGAGCUUGGUGUGGUGGCUAGGAACCCACUGUUCUUGAUGAUGAGGAAACUCAAGUUUGGAAAAGAGUUCAAUGGUUUAAAUAAAACAACUUUUCAUGAUGUACUGACUGAGAAAAUUACAAAAUAAAAUGCUUGCUGGUGGAGAAAAUUAUUGUGUAUAUGAAAUCUUAACUAAUGUUAAAAAUACUACUUGUAUGAAUCAUACAUAUAAAGCAGUGACUUGGAAACUGCUCAUUUUUGGUUGUAGUAUUUUGUAUAAAGUGUGUUAACUAAACAUACAAGUUUUAUUGAACUAGCAUAUAUCCCCUAAGUAAUGGCAGAUUUUAUUUUAUUCUUGAUCUCAGAACCAUAAGCCAUGCAUUUGUUUUGGUUCAGUUCAUUAUUAACUUAAUAAAAUUGUCUUAAAUAAUAUCUGCAAGGUGGCAGAUAACCCAUCAGUUCACUUAAUGAAGUCAAUGAAAAUGUAGUCAGACCUGCUUUUGACUAAGUCUAAUUCAAAUCAGUAUAUUUGUUAGUGUCUCUCACUGGCUACAAAACCAAUUUGUAGUAUGUAGCUUUCCAUUUUGCCACCACUAUUUAGACUAAAUCCUUUUCAAGCAAGAAAAAUUGCUGCCCCAAGGUAAAAUAAUCUGAAAUAUUUAUAUAGUAAAUUGAAUUCUUAAGUGGCAAUUCUUGCUAUUUUUCCUAUCAAAGGCAAUUUAUUUGAGUAACUAUUUUAAGCAGAAAAAGGACCAGAAAAUUAAAGUUGAAUUUUGGCUUCUCAUAGUCUCUCUGGAGGACUUCUGGAAAUUACUUUAUCACAGUUAGAUUAAAAAUGGAAUGCUACCAUUAACUAACCUCAUAGAGAUGAUAAAUAGAUGAACUAAUAACGACCAAUUGUAAAUUGACUAAAAAUACUAAGCAAGCAGAAAAGCUGAAACAUGAAAACUACUCCAUAUUUAUAUUUUAGACCCCUGGGGAAAUUCUAUUAAUCUUUCCAGCUAACAGAGUUUUGCAGCAUAAGUCGAUUUAAUGAUGUCUUAAAAUUUCCAGAUACUUUCCUAUUAAGUUUAUACUCUCAUAUAAAUCUCCCUUUGUAAUCUUCUUUUUCCUCAGCGUCUCAUUAUUCAAGCCAAAUUCUAGAACUCAUUGUACUAUUUUCUUCUCCUUUAUUAACUAAUGCUUUUAGUAGUCAUGAAGCUCUUCCUAAUGGCUCAUUAAUCUACCCCAUUGUCUUCCCCACUCCACCUUUGUCAGCUACCACAGCUAAACUCUUGAUUUUCCUACCUCAGUCUCUCACCUUCUGUUAUUCCCAUUUUUGCAUUAUCACCUGAAUCAUGUUUCUAAAACACAAAUCUCACUAUUCAACUUGAUUUAGGUUCCAGGCCAAACCUCUGCAGACUCAUCUUUGCUUUUUCUUAAUAUUCUAGUUUUCCAAAUUGCAAAUUUCUCUCCGAUGCCUUGACUUAGUGUUGACAGAGAAGAGAUUCAGUGCAGAAAUGCACUUCCCUGUGCUCUUGCACACAGACUAAAUCAAGCUUAGCUUUUAAGACUUUCAUCUGAUGUUAUUCCUCUUACUGAGAUCUCUCAUACCCUGUGGGGUUUGCACCAUCUUAAUGUGCUCAAAUAACUCAACAUUUCUCUUUGCUUAUUGCCCUGUAUUAGAAAUUACACAUCUGUCUCCUCUGUGGCUUCUGCCUUUUAUUUCUGUGCCCUAUACCUACCCUGGAGAAGGGCUGUUAGAGAUGUUAUGAAAUGUGUGUUGAAUGAACAAAUUAUAUAAGUAAAAUUCAUAAAUUGCUACUUAUUUUUAGAAGGACAGUUUAAAUUGCGGCAUCAGAAUCGGCACAAAAUAUUUUAAAGAGAAGUUUUAUAACUUCAAUGUUUCUUUCUAUUACUUUGAAAAACAUAUAGUAAUAGAAUAAAAAUUCUUAUCAAAGUAUUCAUGUAUUACUAUCUAUGAGCAAAGGGCGUUCUCAUUCCAAAACUAUGCUACAGGGUAUCUCACUUUCAACUUACUUAAAUUCUUUUGUCCUCUAUUUUUCAUAGACAAUACAAACUGUAACCUAAUUUAUAUUCUUACUUUGGUAAUAUGAUAUGUUGACUUUAAAUAUAAAGAAUUUUGGCAGUUGUAGUCCUUUGUCCAGUACUGUACCAAGUAUUGGUAUUUGUAUCUUUUCCACUGAUUUCUCUUUUCUCCUUUCUGCCAAGACCUUAUAAUACCUCCUGGAACCCUAGGAUGCAUUUCCAAAAUUUAACUUACAAGAAAAAAAUAAAUUCUGAAAAAAUUUUCAUUGUUUAUUUUUGAUCACUGAAAGCUUACCAUUAGUUAACUUCGUCAAAAGAAAAAAAUGCCAAUUUUUGUUUUUUUUUGCUUAUUCUCUGGGUCUUCAUUUUGAGGCAAAAUUAUUUACUGAAUGUCCACUACCUUCCAGAAAAAAAAUCUACUGUAAUGGAACAAGGUUAGGCAAUAAAUUACGAACUUACUCCCCAUUAGCAUUAUUCAUGUUAUGGUGGGAAUGAAUUCAAGUAUGCAUUCCAGUAUUAAUUAAAGGUAUAUUAACCUACUUGUGGCAAGCUUUGAAUGAAUUGUUACUGAAUGAAUGAAAACUAGAUGAAGAACUCAGUUGUUUUGGAAUCUUAAAUUAUACAUAUUAUGUAAUGUCUACUUUGAUUUUGAUCACUGAACUGAAAAUUUAUCCUGUGAGUUACAGAUUAAAAGAAAACUGGAGCUGUGAGUAUUUCUUUCUUGUGAUAUUUAGGAAUGUAUUUUACUGUGUCCUGAAGGUCAGUUGUAACCAUAUAUUCAGUUGUGUUCUUUCGAGAAUAUGUAAUAUUCUUAAGUAAUAGUGACAGCUUGUGUUUGUUGAGUGCUUAGCUUGUGACAGGCACUGAGCUAAAUACUUCUAAUUGUGAGCUCUUGUUUAAUCAUCAUAUCAUCCUGUUCUAUAGAAACUAUUAUUAUCUAUGUUUUAUGGAUGAGGAAACUGAAGCUUAGAGAAAUUGCAUUUAGAAAUGAGAUUGGAAUUGAAAGAGUUGUCCUCAUGAGUCCGCCAGGGUUGAUAACUACAUUGAACAAUUUUGGCCUGUUGCUUACAUGCCUCUCAGAACAUGAAACUGCUAUCUAUCCACCAUCUCUUUUUUCAUGUCACUUUUUUAAAAAGCCAGUUAAGUAAUAAGUUUUACAUUCUUUUUUUUCUUAAGAUUUAUUUAUUUAUACAAGCACUGGGUACAGUCAGAAGUGCAGGAGGGUGAGAGAAUUCACCAGAGCCAGAGCAGGGAACAGAACAGGCAGACUGACGAAGUACACUGCUGAGGGGAGCAGCGGGCAUGGCAGGAGAGGUCUGUUGCGCCAUGUGGGACCCUUGCCUGGCAGCUGGGGAUCGAACCGGUGCUGCAGAGGCUGUGGGCAGCUUCGCAGCCCAGUGCUCAACCGCUGCGCCACUGGGGAGACCUAAUUUUUAUAUUCUUAUUCUCAAGUCUUCAAAGACCCAUUGAUGCUUGCUAUGGCACACGUGUAUCCCUGCAGUGGUGUUUGGGAAUCAAUACACAUUUGUUUGGGGAGUCUCCUUUUCCUAAUUUUCCUUCUCAGUAGCUAGUGUGACCUCAAUUUAUCCAAACACCAAGAAUGAAUGAAGGUGUUCUUUAUAUUUCCACCAGGAUAACAGGCAGAAAAGGGACUGAUGGUCACACUUUUAGCCUAUGGGGAGAAGAUCAAUACUUUGUGGAUGUUCUAGUCUAGGCAUCACAGUGACAUCUGCAGCAAAUGAAUGUUAAUCAGAAAUUCACUAUUUUUAGCAAAUGCCAGGUGAGUCUCACUAUAGAAAAGUGUCUAUCAUGAGAAAAUUGAGUAAGCUUAAAGAUCUAUUACUUUCCAAAAGUAGUAUGAUUAAGAUGUAUUAACAUCUAAAAGUAUGUCACAAAUUGAAAGAGAAGUUGGGAAAGAAAGUAAUUUUUUUGAUGGCCUGGAAAACGAACUGGAAUUCCUUAGACUUGCUUAUUUUCUUUAUUAAUGUGUCAUAAUAAUAAUAAUGUUUCUGUGCUUCUCAAAGAAUCAGAAAUGCCUGAUUAUACCUUUAUAAUACAAUUUACUAUAAAAUCACUGAGAGUAUCACUCAGGAUAACACUGUUAAAACUACCUGUAAUCACAUUAUUAACCUGUGACGUCUGUAUUUCUUACAGAUUCCCAAAUGGAAAUAGACUAGGGAAACUUGUCUAGGGUAUUGGUCAAAAUCUAGUUGUUAAUUGUGAUGUGUUAUAUAUUAUGUUUAAGAACUUUAGUUCAUAAAAUUGAUUUUGCUAUUUAAUUUGUGUUUUUCUUCAGAAAGCAAUUUAGCACACAUUCUUAUUCUAAAGUUUAUUUGAAAAACAUGAAAUUAUUAAACCUAUUACAUGCCAUUAACCAUAAUGCUAUUUAAUGUUACAAAAAUAUCAUAAGCUAUAACU